AUGCAAGCCAUCAUUAUUUCCACGUUGCCCUUAAGUGACCUGAAACCCACUAGCCAAGCCGCAGCGACCAUCAGCAAUGUCCAUCACCUGGCAUCCUACAACUGGAUCGAAGCACCCGAGCCUACCAUCGCCGUUCCCGGGUGUCCCAAGCGCUGGACACCCCCCUGGCGACCUGGUCAAUAUGGGAUCAAGGUCCCCAAGGACCCCGCGGAGGACGGUCAUUCAGAGAACGCGGCGCGCCAUCCAGCCAGCCCAAUGGAGCCCCUUUUCCGCGCGCUGUACCUCCUACAGCCAGAUCUGGAUAUUCGAUGCGUUGACCUUGUGACCGACCGCAGCACCAUCCGCAAGCUAUUAUCGGUCAUCAACCCGAAUCUCGACAAGAGGGCGCUUGCUACCCUUACGAUCCACAUUGAGCGACAGGGCAAGACCGCCCUUCUCUGCUGCGAGGAGGCGUCGACCCGGGAGCGUAUACCUCGCACGCGGUUCCGUGGAUACGGUCAGGAGUUUGAGAAAGCGACCACCACCAGUUGUGUCGCAGGCAGCACCAGUCACUACCGGAUCACGUCCUACGACUUGGAAGAAUUGUCUUGUAUAGUCCGAUACGAGGCUGAUGGCUACGUGGAGCAGAGAGGAGGCCACGAUCUGUCCACGAUGCUGGUCUCGUUGAAUAUCUCCGACUCUCCAAUUCCGAUCCCCCGGCACUCAUCAUUGAGGGUUUGCGCAAAAGGCCUGAUUAUUCCGCUGGACUCCAUCCUCGAGAUCAAAACCUCGGCCCCCGGAAGAAAAGUGGAGAUGGACAAAGUUCUGCCCCAGAUGUGGGUGUCCCAGACCUCGCUGUUGGUUUGUGGCUCUUACGAUAAGAAGGGCUUGUUCAGGGAGUGUUGGCCGAGACACGUUGGACGGGAGCUUAAAGAAUGGGAGAAGAACCAUCAGGUCGAUCUGAAGCGGCUGGUCGCCUUACUGAAGUGGAUUAUCGCCUCGGUGCCCAGAAGUGGCCAGAAGGCGACGCUGGGUUACGAUUCGCGUCGCGAGGAGCUCGUGAUAUCGCGCGCGGAGCGUCCCAAUAUGCUCCCGACUGACCUUUAUGAUAAAUGGGAAGGUCAGAAUCAGGGUGUUGUCAUGCGGGGUUCGUAG